CAGGUGUUACCUUCCAAAAUGAGUUUCCGAGCUUUGGUUUUGUGUCUGGCUUGUGCUGGGCUUGGAAAGGCAAAUGUGGUUCCACAGGCUGAAUACAGAAAUGUGAAGGUGGGCGAAAAUGUGACUCUCAGCUGUGCUCUGACAGACCCCAAGGAAGUUCUGCAAGUGACUUGGCAAAAGGACUCUGAAAAAUCACACAUUAAUAUAGCUACAUACAGUACCGCAAAAGGAUUAAAGAUUCACGAGCCCUAUCAAGACCGAAUGAAUUUCACGAGCCUGGUACUCAAUGAGACACACAUCACUUUCUGGGAUGCUAGACUGGAUGAUUCAGGGUGUUAUAUGUGUCUCUUCAAUACUUUCCCUUUUGGCUCCUUCUCAGGACGUACCUGCCUGAGUGUCUUUGGUCUCAAUGCAUCUGUCCAUUACAACGUUUCCGAAGGUCAUUUGACAGCCAUCUGUAAUGCUGUUGGCCUCCCAGAGCCCAACAUCACCUGGAGCAACUCGUUCGGUUCUACUCCUACCCAGGAGAUGGUCACACACACCAAUGGGAUGGUGUCCAUCACCAGUAAACUGGAGAUCGACAACACUAGGAGCAUCAGUGCACAGGACUUGACCUGCAGAGUAAGCAACGCGAAUCAAAAAAUAGAAUUGCCUGUGAAAAUGAAAGGAGAAGUCAGAUCCUCGUUGGCUUGGCUGAUGAUCGCUCUGGGGAUUUUAGCUGGCGCUGGUGUCAUCAUUCUGAUUCUGAUCACACUGUGCCGGAGGAAGAGGAUAUGCAGAAGAGGUUGA